AUGGGCGGUCAUUCGGAUGUCGAGCUCGUCGGUGCCAUCGACCAGGGCACAACGAGCACACGCUUCCUCAUCUUCAACCCUCAUGGCGAGGUUGUCGCUGCCCACCAAAUCGAGUUUAAACAAUAUUACCCUCAGCCAGGGUGGCAUGAGCAUGACCCCGAAGAGCUCAUCACCUCAGUCGAGACUUGCAUCGACGGGGCAGUGAAGCACUUCGAAUCGCACGGACACUCCAAGAAGCAGAUCAAGGCCGUCGGCAUCACAAACCAGCGCGAGACGACUGUGGUCUGGGACCGCACCACCGGAAAGCCCCUCUACAAUGCCAUCGUCUGGACCGACACCCGUUCCCAGGAGCUCGUCCGUCGCCUCAGGCAGCGGCUGGGCUCAGGCGAGCUCACCAAGCGCUGCGGCCUACCCCUGUCUACCUACCCGUCCGUCAGCAAGCUGCUCUGGCUCCUCGAGAACGUCCACGGGGUCAAGGACGCCUACGACCGUGGCGUCCUUGCCUUUGGCACCGUCGACACCUGGCUCGUCUUCCGGCUCAACGGCGGCCUCGACCGCAACGUGUACGUCUCGGACGCCUCCAACGCGUCCCGCACCAUGUUCAUGAAUAUCGAGACCCUGCGCUAUGACGACGAGCUCAUCGACUGGUUCCGCAUCGACCGGACCAAGGUCCUGCUGCCCGAGAUCGUCCGGUCCGCCGACCCGGAGGCCUACGGCUCGCUGGCCGGCACCGCGCUCAAGGGCUGGCCCAUCAUGGGCGUCCUCGGAGACCAGUCCGCCGCGCUCGUGGGCCAGAAGGGCUUUUCCCCUGGUCUUGCCAAGAACACCUACGGCACCGGCUGCUUCCUCCUGUGCAACGUCGGCCCCAAACCCGUCAUCUCGUCGCACGGCCUCAUGACCACCGUGGCCUUUGACUUUGGCGAGGGCAAGACCAUGUACGCCCUCGAGGGCAGCAUCGCCGUCGCCGGCUCGAGCGUCAAGUUUCUUGUGGAUAACCUGGGUUUCAUCGAGUCGUCCUCCGACCUGAGCGCCCUUGCCGAGACGGUCGAGGACAACGGCGGAUGCACCUUCGUCACCGCCUUUAGCGGCCUCUUCGCGCCCUACUGGGUCGACGACGCCCGCGGCACCAUCUUCGGCAUCACGGCCUACACCCAGCGCGGCCACAUCGCCCGCGCCACGCUCGAGGCUACUUGUUUCCAGACCAAGGCCAUCCUCGACGCCAUGGAGAAGGAUAGCGGUCAUGGUCUGACCGAGUUGGCCGUCGACGGCGGCAUGUGCAAUUCCGAUCUCAUCAUGCAGACGCAAUCCGAUUUCAUCGGCAUUCCCGUGAACCGCCCCGCCAUGCGCGAGACCACGGCUUUUGGCGCCGCCAUCGCCGCCGGGUUGGCUUCGGGCCUGUGGCAGUCGUUCGAGGACCUGAAGGAGACCAACACCAAAGGUCGCACCAUCUUCAAGCCGCAGAUCAGCCCGGAGGAGGCGUCGAAGCGGUUCGCCACGUGGGAGAAGGCCGUACGCAUGAGUGCGGGAUGGCUGAAUUGA